AUGGCCAGAACUCCAAGAAUCGAGUCGGCUGAGUUCCAUAGCGCCAGAGAGCUGCUUAUUGUGCGCAAUUGCGUUGACUUGUCCCAAUCAGACAAAGUACAAGUCCAAGACUUGAGUGCUGCGACCAAGACCAAAGAAGGCAGCCAUGCGGAGUUGUCUGUUGAGUGUAGUGAUUCCAGCUGCCAAGAGGCAAGCUCAGUGAUGAUGCCCCAGUGCACAAGCGAUCUGUUUGCAACUUCUGAUAUGACCCGAGAUCAGAUAGAGUCAACCGACUUGACUCAAGUGCCCAGCUACAAAGCUAUAGAUGCGACUUCAGUCCAUAGCGAGGACAAGUCUCAUGCUCCUUGCAACAGACCCGCAGAUUUGAGUGACUGUUUGAGCACCCGAGUUGACGAAACAGAUGUUUCAGUUUGGGACCCCAGUGGUGAGUCCAAUGCUGGCCUGAAUGGAAAUUUGCCCAAGUGUGCAAAGAUGCUGCAUUCUGUCCCCAUGUAUAAUGAAGGACAUGAUACUUUGCCCAAGAAAGAUCCAGAAAAGGCUGCGAGGCGCAGAUCCGAUUCCAAUUGUGGUGAAGCGUCUGAGCAUGUUAAGAAGCUGACCACCUUGCCUGAGCAUGAUGAUGGUCAUGCUUACUCAAACCCUCUUGUGAGGUCUCAGUGGGGUCAGCACACAGAACCAUAA